CGUCUCGGCGCGCGAUUUAAAACCAGCUUCGGAAAGGGAGAGCAAAAUGGGACCUCCUUGCCCAGAAAUCCGUGGGCACCCCCACAGUGCCUCCUCACCUUCAGAACGGGUGUUCUCGAUGCCCCUGCCCCGGAAGGCCCCUCUCAAUACUCCUGGCACUCCCGUCCUUGAAGACUUUCCCCAGAAUGACGACGAAAAGGAGCGACUGCAGCGGAGGCGCUCCCGAGUCCUGGACCUGCAGUUCAGCGCAGACUCGCCUCAUCUGCUAGCCUCCCCGUCCAGUAGGAAUAUUGACGUUUCAGCCACGAUUCCUAAAUUUACAAACACACAGAUUACAGAACAUUACUCCACCUGUAUCAAACUAUCCACUGAAAAUAAAAUUACUACCAAGAAUGCUUUUGGUUUGCACUUGAUUGAUUUCAUGUCAGAGAUUCUUAAACAGAAAGACACCGAACCGACCAACUUCAAAGUGGCCGCCGGCACUCUGGACGCCAGCACCAAGAUCUACGCUGUGCGUGUGGACGCUGUCCAUGCUGACGUGUACAGAGUCCUUGGGGGGCUGGGCAAAGAUGCACCGUCUGCAGAAGUAGAGAGCCACGGUGCAGAUGGAAGUGCUACUGAGACAGGAACAACCAAAAAGGCUCAAAAGCCAAAGAAGAAGCACUCCAACAAAACCAUCGAGCAGAAUGUAAACAACCUCAAUGUGUCUGAAGCAGAUCGGAAGUGUGAGAUCGAUCCCAUGUUUCAGAAGACAGCAGCCUCCUUUGAUGAGUGCAGCACAGCAGGGGUAUUUCUCUCAACCCUCCACUGCCAUGACUACAGAAGUGAGCUGCUGUUUCCUUCCGAUGUCCAUACUCUCUCCACUGAAGAACCCCUGGUGUUGCCAGAUUUAGGCUGGGUAGAAAUGACAGAUUUAAAAGCACCCUUGCAGCAGUGUGUGGAAGAUAGCCAGAUCUGCCCUUCCCUGGCCGGGUUCCAGUUCACUAAAUGGGACAGCGAGGCACACAAUGAGUCCGUGUCUGCCCUGGUAGACAAGUUCAAGAAAAACGAACAGGUGUUUGACAUCAACGCUGAGGUAGAGGAGAGUGACUGCAGGGACUUUCCUGAUGGGCCCAUGGAGGACGACUUUGAUGCAAACGAUGAGCCUGAGCACAGCGCGGCCGGGGACAACGCUGAGUUCAGCAGCUGGAAGGAGCCCUGCCACACUCGCAGCUGCCCGGAAGAAAUGAUUCCCCUUGGGGAUGGAGACAUUAGGACCAUGUGCCCCCUUCUGUCCAUGAAACCUGGAGAAUAUUCCUAUUUUAGUCCCCGUACCAUGUCGAUGUGGGCUGGCCCAGACCACUGGCGCUUUAGACCCCGACUCAAACAUGAUGCUUCCUCCAAAUCAGAGAACAAAAAGAAGAAUACAAAGAAAGAUUUUGAAAUUGACUUUGAUGAUGAUAUUGACUUUGAUGUGUAUUUUCGAAAAACAAAGGCUGCUACUAUUCUGACCAAAUCCACUUUGGAGAACCAGAAUUGGAGAGCUACCACUCUGCCUAUGGAUUUCCUCUAUGAGACUGAUAAUCUUGUCCGGCUGCAUCUCAAACCAGGCACCAGGUUACUUAAAAUGGCCCAAGGCCAGAGGGCAGGAACUGAACAUUAUGAAGAAAUUGGAGACUAUGAUUACAACAACCCUAACGACACUUCCAACUUUUGCCCUGGAUUACAGGCUGCUGACAGUGAUUAUGAAGAGUCGGAUGAUUUAUUUGUGGGACCAGUUGGGACCUUUGACCUUACCUCUUGCCAUCCACCUAAAACAACACAAGAGAAUGAUGAUGUGCCUGAAGUCCAAGGAUUGGACAUCACCACUUAUGGGGAGUCGAAUCUGGUAGCUGAACCUCAAAAGGUAAAUAAAAUUGAAAUUCAUUAUGCAAAGACUGCCAAAAGGAUGGACAUGAAGAAGUUGAAGCAAAGCAUGUGGAGUUUGCUGACGGAGUUCUCCAAGCAUGCAGACACAGAGAUGAACCACGGUGAAACCGGAAAAGAAGGGGACACAGUAAAGGUGGCUGAUGAGAAGAUGCUUAGUGGGCUCACAAAGGACCUACAGAAGAGCUUGCCUCCCCUCAUGGCUCAGAACCUCUCUAUACCUCUGGCCUUUGCCUGUCUCCUCCAUUUAGCCAAUGAAAAGAAUCUAAAGCUGGAAGGAACCGAGGACCUUUCUGACAUUCUUGUGAGGCAAGGGGAUUGAGUUUGCCCAAGAAAAGUUGGCAGAAGGCAGCUCAUCGCUUCUUCAGUGACCAGGAUGUCCCCACCCUGGGUGCUGCAACUGUGGCAGGCCUAUGGCAAGCCUGUAGCCCACCACCAAAAUGCCAGGUUUUUAUCUGUUGAUCUUCCCUUCUCUCCCUCACAGUCUGGGAACCAGAACCCGGAAGCUCUUUGACUAAAGUCGCCUUGUGGUGACCCCCUAGCAGGGAGGAGAUGGUGAGGGUACUGUUCUUGAUUAUGAAAACCUAUAUCCAUACUUUGUAUUCAUGUCUUGUUUUUGCCUCCUAAAUUGAUCUUUGUUUCUUUCCACACUUUUGUAGAAAAUUACUUCCCAGGAGGCACUAGUUGUCUUUAAACAGCUAUCUAAGCCAUGUACAUAAAAUACAUCGUAUGUGCACUUACAAAUGUAUAUAUAUUAUGAAUGCUUAAAAUAAAAUAAUUCUGAAUAAUA